AUGGUAUCAGAGCGGCAUACAUACGCUGCUGCAGUCACAAUGAACAAUCAAGCCGCCGGCGAAGGAAGCUCUGCCGGACAGACGGCAAAUCAGAAUCAGAUCCAGCGGAAUGAUGAAUUUGAUGAUCCGCUAUACCUACAUAUCACUGAAAAUCCGAAUCUAGUGUUAGUUUCACCGGCCUUAUCCGAGCACAAUUAUGCUUCGUGGAGUAGAUCAAUGAAGAUGGCUCUAGAAGUGAAAAACAAGUUCGGAUUUGCCAGUGGAUCUAUCCCUAAAGCAGUUGAAAAUGAUCCAAAGUUUGGAGUAUGGAAGAGAUGUAACAAUGUUGUGUGUUCGUGGCUCUUGAAAUCUCUCAAUUCAACAAUCGCCGAAAGUGUUCUCUAUUAUGAGUUAGCAGCAGACAUUUGGAAGAUCCUCGAGAAGAGAUACUCACAGGCAGAUCCGCAUAGGAUUGCAGAGCUACAGAAUGAGAUCUUCCGGAAUGUGCAAGGUAACAUGACCAUUAAUGAGUAUUUUACUAAGAGUCAUGCGUUAUGGGAGAGAAUGAAUGCUAUGAGACCUAUAACACUGUGUGAGUGUCUUCCUAGGUGUUCCUGUACUCUCCUAAGCAAGAUACAAAAAGAAAGAGUUGAUGAUCAAGUAAUUAGGUUCUUGGAAGGACUCAGUGAUGAUUAUGAAUCUGUUAAGUCCAAUGUGCUUGUGAUGGAUCCUAUUCCAGAGAUGGAAAAGGUUCUUAAUAUGACCUUGAAAAUGGAGAGAAAAAUCAAUGGUUCCAUUAGUCAGAGAAGCAGUGACCUAGUUCAGUCCAAUGUUAUUCAGAAUAGUCAAAACCAACCUACAGAUGAACAUAGUAGUGUGGCAGUUUCAGCUUCUAAUACAAAGAAGAAAUUCAAUGGUAAUGGGGGGAAGAAUGUUCCUAAAUGCACAUACUGUGGGAUGAUUGGCCAUACCAUUGAAAAAUGUUAUAAGAAGCAUGGUUAUCCCCCUGGUUGGGUGCAUGGUUACAAAUCUAAAAACAGACAGGUUCAGGAAGUUCAACAGGCUGUGAGUCCUUCUAUAAACCAAGUUGGUGAUAUAGGGAUAUCAGCUGAUCAACUUCAAAGGUUGUUGUCCUUGUUGCAAGGACAAAGUCAAGGAAAUCAAGCAUCCCAAGCAUCCUCUAAUGCUGCUGUGACAGUGAGCAGCUCUGGAAUAAAGCCUGCAUUCAGGAAAACCUCUGAGAACUCCAGUGAAGGUAGUUAUAUUUCCAAUCUGCAUGUUAACAAUGUUUUGACUUCACCAUCUGUUUGGAUAUUGGAUUCAGGGGCAACAGACCAUAUUACCUGUUCCCUAGAGUUUUUUGAAAGACAUCAAACCAUACAUGGAGUGUUUGUGAGAUUGCCUAAUGGAGAAACAGCUAAAGUAACUCACAUAGGGGAAGUCAGACUGGAUAAAAACCUGCUAUUAAGAGAUGUCUUAUAUAUUCCUGCUUUUUCAUUCAAUAUUAUAUCUGUUAACAAGUUGGCUAAACAGAUGUCUUGCAAAAUUAUUAUGAAUGGUGAUUCAUGCAAUGUCCAGGGUCCUCAUGGGACAGUGGUUGGUUUUGCUAAGGAGAAAGAUGGACUAUACCUGGUUACAGAACCACCUGUCAGAGGAAAGAAACAUUAUGCUGAUGAAACUUGUGAUGCUCAGUGUAAUAGGUUGUCCUUAAUGCAAUGGCAUAAUAGACUAGGGCAUUAUCCCAUAAAUAAGAUACAUCUUUUGAAAGGAAUAAAGCAUGGAUAUUCUGUUAAGCCUUCUGAUUUUCCUUGUGAUGUAUGUCAUUUUGCCAAACACAAGAAAUCAACAUUUCCUGUCAGUUUUUCUAGAGCUGAAAGAUGUUUUUAUUUAGCUCACAUGGAUGUUUGGGGCCCCUUUGCUAUUGCUUCCUUAAAGGGAGAAUACUACUUCUUAACUAUUGUUGAUGACCAUAGUAGGUUUACUUGGUUGCAUCUAAUGAAAAAUAAAUUAGAAGUCAAGUUGCUAUUUCAGAAUUUCUGUCAGUAUGUCCACACUCAAUUCUCUGCAAGCAUUAAGACUGUAAGAACAGAUAAUGGGACUGAAUUUCUCAUGUCUAAUUUUUCUAAUGAGAAGGGAAUUAUACAUCAAAAGUCAUGUGUAUAUACACCUCAACAGAAUGGGAUUGCAGAAAGGAAACAUCAACAUCUUCUAAAUGUAGCCAGAGCUCUUAGAUUCCAAUCUGGUUUGCCUAUGGAGUUUUGGGGACAUUGUGUCUUACAUGCUUGUUAUACCAUUAACAAACUCCCUUCUCCUAUUUUGGAUGGUAAUACCCCUUUUGGAAUACUGUUUGGCAAGCAGGUGAUAUAUGAUCAAUUCAGAACUUUUGGUUGUUUAUGUUAUGGUGCCACUAUUGCACAAGGAAGGAACAAAAUGCAACAAAGAGCCAGAAAGUGCGUUUUUUUAGGAAUCCCUGCCAAUGUGAAAGGUUAUCUAUUGUAUGAUAUCAUUGACAGGGAUUUCUUUGUCUCUAGGGAUGUCCAUUUCUAUGAACAGAACUUCCCCUUCAAAGAAGAUGUUGCACAGAUCAGCUCAGAACCACUUGAAGCUGAGGAACUUGAUCCUUCUCCCCUUUUGUUCUAG